AUGUCGUUCAUCGCCCGUCCCGGUCUCCUUCGUUGCGGUCUUGCGGCUCCCCUCCGCACCGCUCCCCGUGCGGUCGCGUCGCGCAUCCCCGCCCUCCGCCGCGGAGUGCAGACCAACCCCAUCUCCGAGAAGCAGCAGUACGAGCUCCUCAACCAGCAGCGCAUGAACCGCCCCAACUCGCCCCACCUUGAGAUCUACCAGCCCCAGCUCACCUGGUACCUCUCCGGUCUCCACCGUAUCACCGGUGUCGCCCUCGGCGGUCUCUUCUACGUCGGUGCCCUCGCCUACUGCCUCCACCCCCUCUACCCCGCCAUUGACUCGACCCACCUCAUCAGCCUCGUCCACGACCUCCCCACCUGGGUCAAGGUUACCGGCAAGACCCUCAUCGCCUUCCCCCUCUCGUUCCACUCGUUCAACGGUCUCCGUCACCUUAUGUGGGACACUGGAAAGGGUCUCUCCAUGAAGGGUGUCUACGCCUCGGGAUACGCCGUCCUCGCCGCCUCCGUCGCGACCACCCUCUACCUUGUCUUUGGCAUCUAA